CACCCCACUCACGUAGGUUCAAGAUUUGAACUCACCGAAGCGCUCCAAAGGUCGCGCCGGUUAUAUAUAUACACAAUUUCUCUUCUCUCUGCGUAAAAAUUUGAAAUUUUUGACAGAACUACGACAAAAUUUGGGUGAGGGAGUGAUAGAGAGAUCCAGAUGUCGGCUUCGACCGUAUCUAUAACGGCGAACCCGGCGGUUCGGCGGCGACCAGUGGUGGCGACCGAGAAGAGGGCCACCAGCGUCGAAUUGCUCGGGGUAAACGAAGCCUCGCCGGCCCAACCCAGCCCCACAGGCGGCAACGAUACAGGCACCAACUUCAACGGCAAGGAUCUAAGCCAUCACUCGAUUCUCGGUGAGAGAUCGUCGAGGGACUUGGCGGCCCAGCAAGCGAAGAAACCCGUGGCCAACACCACCAACGCGACGCUUCGCCGCGCUCGCAAGCCGCCCCCGCACAAGCCCGAGCAGCCCCGUUGGGUCACCGUGUUCAGAGUCUUCGCCAAGAACUUCGUCCUCCUCGUGGUCCUCGCCGGCCUGGUCCAGUUGAUCCGCAGACUCGCCGUGAAACCCAGCGACGCCGUUUCAGAGAUAGGAUUGUCCGAGUUCGAGGGAAGGAUUGCGGAACUGGAGGCCUUCGUGAAGACCACCGUGAAGAUGACCCAGGUCCAGGUCGAGCUCGUGGACCGCAAGAUUGGGAAUGAAAUCGGAGGUCUAAGGAAGGAAAUGAGCGAAAAGAUCGAGAACCAAGGCCUAAUUCUGGGUACCCUGGUGAAAGAAUUGGAAACCAGGAGCGAAGAAUUGGAGCGGUCUAUAGGGGAGUUGAAAGCUGUGGAGUGGUUGUCCAAAGAGGAAUUUGAGAAGAUAUUGGAGGAUUUGAAGAGGGCGAGGAGUGUGGAAUAUGGAGAUGGGAAUGUGGGUUUGGACGAGAUAAGAGUGUUUGCGAGGAUGAUGAUUGAGAGGGAGAUCGAGAAGCACGCGGCGGACGGGCUCGGCCGCGUCGAUUACGCGCAGGCAGCGGGCGGGGCGGUGGUGGCGAAGCACUCGGAGCCGUAUUUGGCGGGUGGGAAGGCGACCAAUUGGUUCUUGAUGGGUAGCAGGAAUGCGGUUCAUAGCAAUGCUGAGAGGAUGUUGAGGCCGAGUUUCGGAGAGCCCGGGCAGUGCUUUGCGCUGAGAGGGAGCAGCGGGUUUGUGCAGAUUAGGCUGCGCACAGCCAUUGUUCCUGAGGCUGUUACUUUGGAGCAUGUUGCAAAGAGUGUUGCAUAUGAUAGAUCCAGUGCUCCCAAGGAUUGCAGGGUCUCUGGGUGGCUGCAAGGCAAUAAUGUUGACGUGACAGUUGAUACUGAGAAGAUGUUUCUUUUAUCAGAGUUUACUUAUGACCUUGAGAAGAGCAAUGCUCAAACCUUCAAUGUGUUGGACUCAACAGGUUCUGGCAUUGUUGACACAGUAAGGCUUGACUUCACAUCCAACCAUGGAAGCCCUUCCCAUACUUGCAUUUAUCGUUUCAGGGUGCACGGUCGGGAGCUCGAGUCUGUUUCAAUGAUGGCGAUGCAGUCUUGAUGUGGCAACGUUGGCUGCAUCUGUCCCUCUUCUUGUAAUUGUUGUUUCUACUUCCCAUAUUCUUUACUUAGAGCUAGUGUUGAAACUUCUAACUUUCUAGUUCCUAGAUAUGGACAUCUAAUUAUCUGUGUUCAAAGUUCUCUAUUUUUGCAUGUUGGUGUUCAUCAAAUAGGUGUGUAUUUUGUUGUAUGAUUGCUGACUAGUUAUGGAGGAGCUCAAUUGAAUUGUUAUGAUGAACCCAA